CUGCUUGGGCCGCGCCUGGUUGUUAUGGGAACACCCGGUUCGCGCAGAGGCCCACCUUCGGGGUGGGGCCGGCAUUUGGUCCCACCCCUCGUGCAUUCGAUUUCCGCUCGGGGAAAGGCUGCUUCCGGUCCCUGGCGCGUUGCUCGGCAAGAUGGCGGCUCGGCCGCCGCUGAGGGUAUUAGCCCUGGCCGGCUUCCGGCAGAGCGAGCGGGGCUUCCGCGAGAAGACGGGAGCGCUGAGGAAGGCGCUGCGGGGCCGCGCCGAACUCGUGUGCCUCAGCGGCCCGCACCUGGUCGCGGAUGCUGCGGGUCGCGAGGGCGCCGGGCCGGACUCCGAGCCCUGCCUUCCGGAGGAGCAGCCUCGAGGCUGGUGGUUUUCAGAACAAGAGGCAGAUGUUUUCAACGCCCUGAGCCAGCCCACAGUAUGCAGAGGCCUGGAGGAAGCCUUGGGAACCGUGGCACAGGCACUGAAGCAACUGGGACCUUUUGAUGGGCUCCUUGGUUUCAGCCAGGGAGCCGCGCUGGCAGCCGUUGUGUGUGCCCUUGGCCAAGCUGGCGAUCCCCGCUUCCCCUUGCCAAGGUUUAUCAUCCUGGUAUCUGGUUUCAGUCCCCGAGGCCUUGGACUCAAGGAACCCAUCCUGCAGUGCCCCUUAUUACUGCCUUCACUACACGUUUUUGGGGAUACUGACUGCGUCAUCCCCUCUCAGGAAAGUAUGCAGCUGGCUAGCCGAUUCACUGGAGCCGUCACCCUCACCCAUUCUGGUGGCCACUUCAUUCCAGCAGCUGCGGCCCAGCGUCAGGCCUACCUCAAGUUCUUGGACCAGUUUGCAGCGUGAAAGAUGAACAAAUGGCUCUGCCCCUACUUUCCCCACCCCCACAUGACCUCGGGGCAGCCUCUGUAAUCCAGUCCUUACAUCCCCCCCCACCCUUGGGAGCUUAGCGGCUGUCGGUGUUCCUCAUCAUCACCAAUUAAGAGACAAGUAUCAAUUCUGAGACUCAGCUUAUUAUAAGCCCAGCUCUACACUCAAGAAAAAAGGGAUCAGAAGGACUUAGCGGAGCUUGGCAUCUGCCACUCAAACAUGAAAAAGGCCAGUGGACCCCUGGAUAAGUGGAGGGUAACAGGGGAACAUGGGGGCUGAUGCUACUGUGACUGCUGCGUAAUAAAGUGCUGGUGGCAA